AUGAACAGCAUAAAAGGAGCCCUUAUUGUCACCAUGUCUUCAAUAAUUGAGCUUAUAAUGGAUGAGCCGAGUCAACUUAAAUGUCUAUUAGUAAACACAUUGAACACAUCGACCGCGAAAUGCAAUUUCACUCAAAACAUUGCGGACUGCGGUUACGACGGCAUUAUCUAUGACUUCACACGAAUGGUAUAUUGCGAUUUCGGAGAUCAAUACCGGGCCGUCUCUCUCGUCGUACUCUUUGGUAUACUAUUAUUCCUAUUCCUAUCGAUGGGUGUCGUCGCCGACGAGUUUUUAUGUCCAGCUUUGCUCACAAUAUCCAAAACAUUACGACUUCCCGAUAACAUAGCCGGCGUCACUUUCCUAGCCUUUGGAAAUGGAGCGCCCGAUAUAUUCUCGUCCAUCAGUGGCGUAACGCAAAGCAAACCACAGCUUAUAUUUUCAGGCCUUUUAGGCGCCGGAAUAUUUGUGACAACAGUAGUGGUGGGUAGUGUGCUGUUGACGGGUCAGUUUGAGGUGAUGCAGCGGCCACUGAUGCGGGACAUUGCCUUUUACAUUGGGGCCACUUUUAUGGUGUGGUUUAUUAUAUGGAAAACUAGGAUUUAUCUCAAACAUGCAAUUGCUCUGGUAGCCGUAUAUGUCUGUUAUAUCGGAGUCGUUAUAAUCGGCCGAUACUUCUAUCUGAAGACUAAGAAAGCGAAAGAAGCGAAUAAACACGAAACGGAUUCGACCACUGAUUCAACGGAUAUCAGUGUUAUCUCAGACAGUAUUGACGACAGGACUGAUGGAGACAACGAUACCGAAGCCUUUGGCACUAAUAUUGACUUUAAACGCAAGAAAACAUUGACUACAAAACGCCAACGAUCUAAAGACCUCGAGCCGGAACAGGAUGUUGUCCUAACCCGUGAGUGA